GUCUUUGUGAUGGCGGGAAGAUUUUUGACUUUUGACAUUGACAGUUACGAGAGAAAUUUCAAAAUUAGGCUCAUGUAAUAUAUUAUUUUAGUUUAAAAAUUUUGCUUUAUUUAAGAAAGAAAUGUGUAUUUAAGAAAGAAAUGUAAUCAUAUCACAACCAAUAAAAAUACUUAGAAUUACCUUAACUCGCUUACAAUAUCAGCCUAAGUUAGAUAUAAUUAAUCUAAAAUGGGAAUCACUGGUUUGAUACCAUUUCUUGAAAAGGCUUCAAGAAGAGCCAAUGUAAGUGAAUUCAGUGGGUGUACUGUGGCCAUUGAUACUUACUGUUGGCUUCAUAAAGGUGCCUUUGCCUGUGCAGACAAACUUGUUCGAGGGGAAGACACUGACAUUCACAUUAAGUAUUGUUUGAAGUAUGUUUCUAUGCUGUUAUCAAGAAAUAUAAAACCAAUCCUCGUAUUUGAUGGACGACAUCUCCCAGCAAAAGCAUUAACAGAAUCAAAAAGAAGAGAAUCCCGUGACAUAUCAAAAAAGAGAGCUGCUGAAUUGUUGAGCUUGGGAAAGAUAGAUGAAGCAAGGUCUUUUAUGCGACGAAGUGUAGAUAUCACACAUGAGAUGGCUCUGGCGUUGAUCAAGGAGUGUAGGAAACGUAAUGUAGAUUGUGUAGUAGCUCCGUAUGAAGCUGACGCACAACUCGCCUACCUCAAUAUAAAGAAUAUCGCUCAUUUAGUUAUUACUGAGGACUCUGAUCUCAUAUUGUUUGGAUGCAAUAAGGUUCUUUUCAAGAUGGACUUAGAUGGCACAGGCACACUGGUAGAGACGGUAAAAAUUCCCUUAGUGAUGAAGUGCCCUAUAGAGCACUACACAUUUGACAAGUUCCGACAAAUGUGCAUCAUGUCGGGUUGCGACUAUCUGGCAUCGUUGCCAGGUAUCGGCUUGGUGAAAGCCAGACAAUUUGUGACUGCCACACAGGACUCAAAUUUUGUUAAUGCACUAAGAAAACUGCCAAGUUUCUUCAACCGCUCCAACUUAGUGGUGACAGAUGAGUACCGUGAGAACUUUCUGAAAGCAGAAGCCACUUUCAAACAUCAGUAUGUGUACGAUCCCAUUGAGAGAAGAAUGGUGAGGUUGACUGAACCCGAUAAUGAAGAUAUAGAGAAAGCACUCUGUGUGAAUGCUGGCGAGAUGUUGGAGCCAAAAGUAGCGUACCAGCUGGCUCUAGGCAAUCUCAAUCCCUUCACACUUAAGAAAAUGGACGACUGGGACCCUGACGUUACUGUGACGGAUGGCCACAUAAGGACAGGCAGUUGGAAAGAAUCCGGUGUUUCCAAUCACCAAAGCAUAUGGAGCGGGGAGUAUGAGGUGUACCUGCAAGACCCUUGUCCCUGGAAGAAGAAGGUGUCUAAGCCGGAGCCAAUCAUUCCACCACCACAGACCAGGGUGCGGAAGAAAGUUGUGGUGCUGCCCAGUAAAUAUGUGGCUGAAACUCAGGAUCAGGACCAAAGCUUGACAAUAGAAUCUCUAAGUAAAAUGUAUGGCGUGGAGCCAGCGAGUAAGAAACAAAAGAUCGUAAACGACACUCAAUCUCAUAUAGACAGCCUAAACCCACAUAAUAUCGCCAUUAUUGAGGAAAACUCCCAAAGUAUUUGCACUCCAAAGCCGAAAUCUCCCAUACUCGAAAACAAACAACGAUCUUUCAAGAAGUGUCUCAAAAACGCAAGUUACUCAGUCCUGAAGAAACUAAGCAAAUUCCCAAGAACAGUUAUGGAUGAAAACGUCAUAGAGAGUAAAUUCUUUAGUAAUAAUGUGGAAUAUCAUGAUAAAACAAUAGAAGAGUCACCAGAGAAAAUUGUAAAUAGUGAUGAUACGGGCUGCUAUGUAAUAGACGAUAGUCCAAGUGGUAGUCAAAAGGAGAACUCUCCUGUUAAUAGUCCAGUAAAGUGCCAGAAAAGUCCAAUACUGAAGCCUAGUCCGAGGAAUCCUUUUCGGAAGAAAUGUGAAUCUCAGAUAAGCUAUGAUACAGGGUACAGCGAAGAAAUUAUUGAGAAUACUUAUUGUGUAGAUGAUGUGGCUGAUAUGCAAUCACAGAUGAAAAAGGAGGUAUCGCCGACUCUAAUAGCCAGGUUUGACAGAACCAAGAGUGUAAAAUCAACAUGCCGCGUAUCGGGGUUGAAGCGUACUGCCUCCCUGCCCGCUAACCAACCCACCUUGUUGAGCAAGUUCGGCUUCCAGAAAAAGCCAGCAUUAAAACGAUAAUUUUACCUCAAGAUGAACCCAACCAAGUAUUUGUGUGAGAAGUGUUACAUGUUAUGUUAUCUGAUUUGAAAUCGUGGAGGAAUUGCAUUUAUUUUACACUGCCGAUAUUUGUGUUAUGAUUAAGUGAAUCUAAUAAAGUUGUA